GGUCAUCAUAAUCGCUAUAUACCGAGUCAUCGUAUAAUUACAUACUACUUUAUAUGUACUAUACAAAUUCAAUGUUCAAUGUUCAAUGUUGUUUGCUCCCAUGGGUGCUCGCUUGUGCUUGCGUGAUGACACCAGCGGCUGACUCACCGACAAUUGCAUCAAGUCCCCUCAUGCAAGUUUCCCUUAAUGCAAUAAACAGCAAGUACUACAUCGCAAGAUGGAUAAGAUGGAUAAGAUGGAUGAGAAAUAAGCUUUCAUCCUUUGGCAAAGAAUAUUAUGCUAUACAUGCAGUACCACGGUCCCAGUCACUGUCGGCUUACCAAAUACGGUUGUGCGGAUACUUAGUCCACUGCCACCUCCAGAUGUCGUUUGAUGAUCCCAAGAAUCCUCCGAGUUUCUGACUCGAAAACUCAGAUUGUGGUUCCAGAGAAAGGCGCGAGCCGGCAAUUCCAUCAUCUUAGAUACGUAGGUAUGUAGGUAUGUAGGUAUUGUAUAUUACAACAAUUGUAUAAUGAAACGUGUGCAAGGUGAAAAGAGAGCAAUGAUCCUCGGGCCUCAUAUGGCCUCAUGUCGGCGCCUUUUCAACGGGUGAUAGGUACCUAGUACUGACCUAGUUUCUGUGCCGCCUGCCCUGUGAUCGCCCGCAGACCAUAUUGCCGCCGGCACUAGGGUGAAAACUUGAUAAAAGACAGAUAAUACGACUGCGCCGUGCUUUGCCUGUUCAGCAGAA